AUGGCCUCCCUAAGGUGCACAAAUACGGCGCUACUCUCCGACCCAUCCUAUCGCUCAAAGGUACUCCAACGUACGGACUGGCGUUUCAAGUUCCUGACCACUGAGUCAGACACCACGGUCUCUUCGUCAGCACGAUUCCUGGAGAAACUCAAAGGGGUGAGCCUCCAUCCAAAUGAGGUCAUGGUGUCUUUUGAUGUCAAUUCCAUUUUUACUUCUCUCCCGCAGGAUCUGGCGAUCGAGGCAAUCGAGCUGCUUCUACAAAGCAAAUACGAUGAAACGGAAAAUCGUCUUGGACACGCCCAAAUCCUUCAGCUCCUGGGCUCUGUCUCAGGACGUACCUCACGUUCGACGGGAUAA